AUGGUCGGCGUAAUCGACUCACGCACAGACAGCAGGAGGAGGAGGAGGAGGAGGAAGGAGGAGGAGCAGGAGCAGGAGCAGGAGAAGGAGGAGCAGAGGCAGGAGCAGAGGCAGGAGCAGAAGCAAGAGCAAGAGCAAGAGCAGGAGCAGGAGCAGGAGCAGGAGCAGGAGCAAGGAGCAGGAGCAGGAGCAGGAGCAGGCGGAGCAGGAUCAGGAGGAGCAGGAGGAGUAGGAGCAGCAGCAGCAGUAGCAGCAGGAGGAGGAGGAAGGGAGGAACAAGGAAGGAGGGGGAAUGUAGGAGGAGGAGGAGGUGGGGGAGAAAGAAGAGGAAAAAUAAGAGGAGGAGGAGGAGGAGGAAGAAGACUAGGAGGAGAAGGAGGAGGAGGAAGAAGACUAGGAGGAGAAGGAGGAGGAAGAAGAAGAAGAAAACUAAGAGGAAGCGGAAGAGGAAGAGGAGUAGGAGGGGGAGGAGGAGGAGGAAGACUAGGAGGCGGAGGAGGAAGACUAGGAGGCGGAGGAGGAAGCGGAAGAGGAGGAGGAAGGAUAGGAGGAAGAUUAGGAGGCGGAGGAGGAAGACUAGGAGGCGGAGGAGGAGGAGGAGGAAGCGGAAGAGGAGGAGGAAGACUAGGAGGCGGUGGAGGAGGAGGAGGAAGCGGAAGAGGAGGAGGAAGACUAGGAGGAAGACUAGGAGGAGGAGGAAGACUAGGAGGAGGGGGAGGAGGAAGACUAGGAGGAUGA